CGCGAUGUCCCCGCGGUGUCACCACCCCCCCCCCGUGUCCCCCCCCGUGUCCCCCCAGUGUCAGCGUCCUGGUGGGCGCCCCCAAGGCAAACACGAGCCAGCCCAACGUGACCCAGGGGGGCGCCGUGUUCCACUGCCCCUGGCCCCCCCAGGGCGGCGCCUGCGCCCCCAUCGACUUCGACCACAUCGGGACCCGCACCCACGACUUUGGGGGCAACAGCAGCGACGGCGCCGAGCCCGUGGAGUUCAAAUCCCUGCAGUGGUUCGGGGCCACCGUGAGGGCCCACAAUGGCUCCAUCCUGGCGUGCGCCCCCCUGUACAGCUGGAGCCCCCCCAAGGAGGAGGGGGGGGCGCGGGAGCCGGUGGGCUCCUGCUUCCUGUCCCUGGGCAACUUCUCCAAGUUCGUGGAGUACGCGCCCUGCCGCUCAGACCUGAACUCGGCGGCCGGGCAGGGCUAUUGCCAGGGGGGCUUCAGCGCCGACUUCACACAGGUGGGACGGGUGCUCCUGGGGGGGCCCGGCAGCUUCUUCUGGCAAGGGCAGGUGAUGUCGGCCACCCAGGAGCAGAUCACGGCCGGGAACUUCCCCGAGUACCUGAUCCAGGAGGUGCCGGGACAGCUCCAGACGCGGCAGGCGCAGCCCAGCCACGACGACAGCUACAUGGGUUACUCGGUGACAGUCGGGGAGUUCAGCGGUGACACCACGCAAGACUUUGUGGCCGGUGUCCCCAAGGGCAACCUCACCUACGGCUACGUCACCAUCCUCAAUGGCACCAACAUGAAGUCCCUGUACAACUUCUCGGGGGAGCAGAUGGCCUCGUACUUUGGCUACGCCGUGGCCGCCACCGACGUCAACAACGACGGGCUCACGGACCUGCUGGUGGGGGCCCCGCUGUUCAUGGCCCGUACCAACGGCGCCGCGGGGGGGGCGCGGGAGCUGGGCCGCGUGUACCUGUACCUGCAGCGGGGGGGGGCCCCGCCCGCCGCCCCCGCCGCCCUCACGGGCACGCACGAGUUCGGGCGGUUCGGCAGCGCCAGCGCGCUCGGCGACCUGGACCGGGACGGAUACAACGACGUGGCCGUGGGGGCCCCGCUGGGGGCCGAGGGGCGCCGGGGGCUCGUGUUCAUCUUCCGGGGGGGGGCGCGGGGCUGCGGCCCCGGCCCGCGCGGUGCUGCGGGGCGGCGGACGGGGCGCCCCGGGGCCAGCCCGACUUCUUCGGGGCCCGCGCUGCGCGGGGACAGCGACCUGGACGGCAACGGGUACCCGGAUCUCCUGGUUGGCGCCUUCGGGGCGGACACGGCCGUGGUUUACAGGUGAGGCCGCCCCAUUGUCCACGCCAGCGCCACCCUGGCCAUCGUCCCCUCCAUGUUCAACCCCGAGGAGCGCGGCUGCGCCCUGGCCAGCGGCCACCACGUGUCCUGCAUCAAUGUCACCUUCUGCCUCAACGCCUCCGGACGUCACCUGCCCGGGCCCAUCGGGCUGGCGCUGGAGCUGAGCGUGGACGGGGCCCGGCCGGGGGGGGCGCGGCGGGCGCUGUUCCUGGGGGGGGGCGCGGGGGGGGCGCCCCCCCCCACGCGGAACCUGAGCCUGGAGGUGCCCAACGGGGGGAGCCCGCGCUGCCGCACGCUGCCCGUGUUCCUCAGGAACGAGUCCGAGUUCCGGGACAAGCUGUCGCCCACGGUGUCGCUGAGCCUGGCCCUGGACCCGGCCGUGUCCCCUCCCCCGCCGGGGCUGUCCCCGCUGCUGUCCCCGGCCACGCGCACGCGCCUCGAGGCCAAGGCCCACAUCCAGCUGGACUGUGAGGACAAUGUCUGCGUGCCCGACCUGCAGCUCGAGGCCAGCGCGGACCGCCGGGCCGUGUUCCUGGGGGACAGGAACCCCCUCAAUGUGACGUUCCUGGCGCGGAACGUGGGCGAGGGCGGCCUACGAGGCCGAGCUGCACCUGCGGCCGCCCCCGGGCGCGCUCCUCGGGGGUGCUGCGGGCCGCACGGGAAUUUCUCGGCCCUGAGCUGCGAGCUGGGGGGGGGCAACGGCUCGAGCCCCCUGGUCUGCGACCUGGGCAACCCCAUGAAGGCGGGGGCACAGAUUUGGGGGGGGCUGCGCUUCACCCUCCCCCACCUGAGCGACAACAGCAGCAGCGUCCGGUUCGAGCUGCAGAUCCGCAGCAAGAACGCCAACAACUCGCAGAGCGCCGUGGUGCCCGUGGCGCUGGCGGUGAGGGCGGCGACCAGAGUGUCCGUGCUGGGGGUGUCCCGGCCCGACGUUGUCACCAUCCCCGAGGGGGGGUGGGGACCCGACCCCCCCCAGCGGCUGCAGGACCUGGGGCCACCCGUGGAGCACGUCUACGAGGUGGUGAACGAGGGUCCCGGCGCCAUCAGCCAGGGCACGCUGGAGCUCAGCUGUCCCCUGGGCCACCGCGGCCACCCCCUGCUCUACGUCACCGGCCACGAGGGGCUGCACAACUGCACGGCCAGCCACGGCAGCGACCCCCUGGGGCUGGUGGGGACAGAGCGGGAGCAGGGCCCGGGUCCCCACGUGCUGCAGCGCCGGGACACCGGGGACAGUGGGGACACUGGGGACAGCCUGGCGUGUCCCGAGGCCGAGUGUUUCCGGCUGCGCUGCCCCUCGGGGGCGCUGCAGCGGCAGCAGCGCGUGACCCUGCGCCUGGGCUUCCGCAUCAGGAGCCCCCCCCCGCGACAGCGGGAGCUGUGGCCGCUGUCCCUGCGCUGUGACGCCGAGUUCCGCGUGCUGCAGCUGCCGUACAGAGUGCGGCCGGACAGCCACCCCCGGCACCGGCUGCAGGUGGUGACGGCGCUGUCGCGGGCCCGGCCCGAGGCGGCGGGGGGGGUCCCGGUGUGGGCGGUGGUCCUGGCCGUGCUCCUGGGGCUGCUCCUGCUCGGCCUCCUCUGCUACGGCCUCUACAAGCUGGGGUUCUUCAAGCGCUCGGGGCCCUACGGCACCGCCAUGGAGAAGGCGCAGCUGAAACCCCAGGCGGCCUCCGAGGCCUGA